AUGACUCGACCACGAUUUGGCGACCGUCAAGACGCGUUGACAGGCGAUGACAUCACCGCUUCGCGCGCUCAUCACCGUCGAGAGCACGACAAAUAUGGAGAGGCCAGUGGGCUCUGUGCCAAGAGCCCAAAAAUUAUCAGACGUCUUCUCGUGUCACUUAAAAACUGCAGAGUGGCCUCUAUAGGGGCAACCUUAGGAGCCAUUAAGGACCACUUUACCAACUCUUAUAGGGGCCACUAAAGCUUGAAAAAGUGGUCCCUUAAGGGGAAAUUCUAGUCGAUAUUUUUUCCGACAGCAUUUCCAUGAGAAAAUCUGUAAAACCAGCGUUUUUUGAAUGAGACCCCUAUAGGGUACACUUGAGCUUUAAUGGCUAACGGGUAAGAUUCUAAACCACUGUAUAGACCACUUUAAUUUUACCCCUACAGGGACCCCUUUUUCGACCUCUAUAGCCUAUAGACUAUAGGGGUUGCUUUCCCCCUAACCCCUAUAUUGAUCACUCUAGAAUUCCUAAUUAUAUUUAUCGACCCGGAAAGAAAAAAAUCUGAAUUUGAGGUAAAUGAAACAUGUGAGACUUGGUGCCCGGCACACACAAAAAAUUUAGUUCCAGAAGAAAAAAAAAAGAGCAAAAAAAGGGCGGCAAAAGCUCGUUUCCGACUAAACAGUUCCGGAGGCUGGACUGGCAGAUUUGUUGGAUCAGCUGCGCGGCUCUUCGGAGCCCCGAGUACCUUGUUCGGCUUGAUUACAAACGUGUAUGACUGACCAGGCGGAUGAGAAAACAUUAGGGAGAGUAGCAGAAUAGAGAAGAAGGACAAAUAUAAACUAAAAUGAUAGAAUAAAAAAGGAAGAAAUGACUGAGACGACCCCCCUAAUGCAACAGUCAACACGUGUCUCUCGCAAUCAACCGUUGAAAUCGGCGCAAAUCGAGGAACGAGGGCACCCGAAACGUAUUAAUUUCUUUGAAAAAAGCUCCUGCGCAAGCACAAAAAAUAGCCUCUGAAUCAUUUUUUACCUUAGUCAAUUGCUUCAAGUAAGAACUGAAAGAGUGAAAAAGACUGUGUUCGAACCUUUUAGCACGCGUUACUCUGCCUUAAAGAAGACGCCGACCGACAAUGGAUAAAAGCAAACGCCGCUGUUUGCCGUGGCGCUUUUUGCCGCAACGGAUAUUUGACCUACAAGCUCAUGCAAUAA